AUGUCUAUUCAGAUCUUGCAGUCUCAGCUACCCCCCGGAUUACAAUAUCUGAUGAUUAGACCCUGGGUCUCCGGAAUCUAGAUAUGUGAUGCUGUGCAGACCCUUAUCUGACAGCUUCGGUGUAGAGUGCAAUGUACGUGAGGCUGGCGAACGUGCUGGUGUGGCCGUAUGGUUGCAAUUGUCAUUAGUGGUGUGAAGCAAAGAACAGGGGCAAUGCAUCUACUUUGAUUACCUCCUUAAUCGAUAUAAAGGUACCCAAGGAAAAAACAGGCUCCUCUGUUGCUGUGUACUGAAACAGGAAACCGCGUUUGCGACAGUUUGUUCUUGACGUUGCUCACUCUCUCACACAAUAUAUGCUGAUGCUUCUCUUGUGACACUUUAAGAGAACAACAACUCGACAAGCACAAUGACAAGCCUCGUCGCCACUCUCCUGCGCCUCUUCUCCAUCUUCUUCGUCGCCGCCGCGGAGGCCAUCCGCCGCCUCGUCGGGUGGGCACGUCCGUCGCCCGUGCAGGAAUGCCCGGAGGCGGUGGCGUGCUCCACGGAGCUACCCGUGGCGCGGUGCGGUGAGCAGCGUGGAGCGGGGCGCGAACGCUGCGUCUUCUGCCUGGGCGGCAUGGAGGAGGGCGACGAGGUGAGGGUGCUCAGGUGUCAGCAUCUGUUCCACCGCUGCUGCCUCGACCGGUGGCUGGCUACGCGGCCGGGGGCGACGUGCCCGCUCUGCCGUGGCAAGCUCCUUGCGGUCACAGCUACCAAGCGCGCCGGGGAAGAGGAGGAGGAGAGGAGCAUCGAGGGGAUGUGCAUGGUCAUGCUCAUGGCCUACGUGCAUAGCCAUACUUCGGUUCCGGCGGUUUAACACGCAUAUGUCACGGUGGACGGCGACGGGUCCAACGACCUGAUCGAUGUGGACAGCACUCGUACUAUCCGUCCCGUGGGAUAGUGGUAGUUUCCGUGGAACGUUACCAAAUGGAUUUACAGUUGGGAGAGUGCAUUUUCUCUCACAAUUCAACGAAUUAAUUUUGAAUACAGUAUGUGCCCCAAAUCACCGCACGACGGGGCAGCCUACAUUUGGUUCUGUUUGUUUCGGGCUUAGCUAGCAUACUCAUAGGAAAAAUGAAAAGUUGAAACAAACAAAGCAGUGUUAUCUAGA